AUGAAGUUUGGUAAGACCUUUAUAUCUCAUCAAAUACCAGAAUGGGCCAUUUAUUAUAUGAAUUAUAAGCAUCUUAAAAAGAUUAUCAAGAAUAUUGAUCAAUCGAUCAAUAUUGAACAAGUUAAUCAAGAUGAAUUUUCGGAAUUGAUAAGUUCAAUAUUAUCGCAAUUCUUUUUCGAAUUAGAUCGUGAUAUUGAAAAAGUUAAUCAAUUUUAUGAUAAUAAAUUUAAUGAAUACAAUAGAAGAUUGAAUAAAAUUAUUCAAAUUUUAAGUUACGAUUCAGCUAAAAAUAUUAUAUUACAUGAAAUUGAUACCACUGAUGAGUUAGAUGAAAUUAUUUCAAUAUUACUUGAAUUAAGAACAAUUUAUAGAAAUUUGAAAUGGUUUGGUGAAUUAAACCAUAAAGGUUUCAUCAAGAUAUUGAAAAAAUUAGAUAAAAAAUUAACUUACUUAACCAAUUCAAUUAAUAAUCAAUUGGAUUCAACCAAUAAAAUCAAUUUACCAAAUAACAACCAGGAAAUUUACUUGUCAACAAGAGUUGAUGCAUUGCCCUUUGCUAAUGAAAUUGAAUUGAUUAAAGGUUUGGACAUCAUUAACGAUAUCUUGAAUAAAUUAGGUGAUCACCAAAUCAAUACUUCGGUCAGUAAUGAUGACGAUGACCUAAUUGAAGUUAGCUCGUUGAAAAUUGGCCAUAACAGAAAAUACUCUUUUGAUCAAGAGUUUUUAGAAGUCUUUUACGAUUUAAUCUUAAAAGAUGAUUCUUCAAAAUUAAUUUUAGAAAUUAAUAAAAUUCCAAAUUCAAAGAAGAAUUUGAAAUUUUUAAUUUCUUUAUUGAAUAAAUCAACUUUAGCCAAUUCAUUUAGUUGUAUUGAUGCCUUGUUUGAUUAUUUAAUUGACUACACUUCUUCAAACAAAGAGUUGUCUUUAGAAAAUAUCUUAUUUGAUAAAUUUGAUAUCAGUGGUCGUAACUUCUUUCAUCAACAUAUCGUUAGUUUAGGUAAAAAACAAUUGGUUAAAGACCCAAAAAAUGUUAAUCCUGGUGAAUCUCAUGAUAUUAACCGUUUAUACGGUAAUAAAUUAGGUCCUGAUGGUUCUCAAUUAUCAAAAAUUCAUUUUGAUGGGUUUAUUAAUAUUUUGAAAAAAUUAAAUAAUUAUAACUUUGAUUUGAAAAAAUUAAUCAUUUCAAAAGAUAAUUACUUAAGAACUCCUUUACAUUACUCUUGUCAACAUGGGUUGAAAGAAAUUACUAAAAUAUUACUCAACUAUUACAAUGAUUGGAAUUUAAUUCCAAAUCAAACCUCAAUUGAUGAUAUUUCCUUUUGGGGUGAUCAAGAAGGUUUAUCUCCUUUACAUUUGGCUAUUAUUGGUAAACACCCAAAGACUACUGAAAAUUUAUUGCUUCAUUCAAAUUAUAAAUCUUUGAAGUGUUCAAAUCUUAUCUUAUUAGCUUCCAGAUUAAAUGAAAUAGAAAUAGUUACUAAAUUAAUCGAGUACGGUAAUAUCGAUAUCAAUUAUACCGAUUUGGAAAAUAAUAACGAGACCUCUCUUUAUAUCGCUUCAAAACUGAAUUAUUUUGAAUUGACUAAAUUUUUAUUAUCAAAGAAAGCUAACACCGAAUUAGGUGAAAACGUUUUUGGAUGGACUCCAAUAUUCAUUGCUGCUUCAGAAGGUUUUACCAAUAUUGUUGAUAUCUUAAUUAAAAAUGGUAGUUUCUAUCAUUUGGUCGAUGAUUCUGGUUGGUUACCAAUGGAACAUGCUUGUUUAAGAGGUCAUUUGGAUGUGGCUAACUUACUUAAGCCUAAAGAUGAAUCACUCUUAUUAUACGAUAUAGAUAAUCCUUCGAACAAUCAAGUAAGAAUUCCAAAUAAAAGCUCAUCCUCAAAUAAUUCCUUGAAUGCAAAUGAUAAUCUCAUAUUAUCAAACUCGUCAAUCGAUAGAUUACCGGAAUCAAAUAAAAAAGCAGUCAAUGAAGUUUAUAAACAAUUCAAACAAUUUGAAAAUGGUUCCAAUUCAUCAAGAUCUCCAAGUGCUAAUAGAAGAAGAAGAAUGAAGCCAAUUAAGUCUUUUGGUCAUCGUUUCUUGAAUAAAGAUGAAUCUUUAGUCUUAGUUACUUUAGGUACAACUGAUUUAAGAGAUAAUAAUAAACCAAUUAAUUUGAAUAAAAUCUCAAUGUCUAAAACAUUUUUCACUGAAUUAGAUACUGCUUUAUCCUUGAUCAUAACUUGCCGUAAUAAAGUGAAUAAUCAAAUCAUUGAAACUCCAGUCAUUAUUGAUUUACCUUUAGAAGAUCAGCAUGGAAGUGCUACUGAUCCAAUUACCUUUAAAUUGACUCAAUAUAUGAAGCUGGAAGAUAUAAUUAUAACUUUUGAUAUAGUUCCAACUUACCAAUAUUCGAAUGAUUUGAAAUCAAUGAAUAAUAACUCCAAUAAAUCAAAAUUGAAUCCUAAAAUUUUAGGUAGAGGUGUUGCACUUUUGAAUAGCGCUUAUACUUCGGUUGGUCCAAAUUUAAGAUCUUUGAAUAAUACUGUGACUAUUCCAAUAAUUGAAUCUGAUUCUUUGGAUAUUUUAGGAUCAAUUCGUUUUGAAGUCUUGUGUGUUAAACCUUUCAGUCACGAAUCAAUGAAUAUUGGCCGUAGUGAUACCUACUGGAGACAACUAGUUUCAACAAGAGUUAUCGGUCAUCGUGGUUUAGGUAAAAAUGUUAGUAAUCGAAAAUCAUUACAAAUUGGUGAAAAUACAGUUGAAUCGUUUAUUGCAGCUGCUUCAUUGGGUGCCUCAUACGUUGAAUUCGAUGUUCAAUUAACAAAAGAUUUUAUACCAGUUGUUUAUCAUGAUUUUACCGUUGCUGAAUCAGGGGUUGAUAUUCCUAUGCAUGCCUUAACUGCUGAACAAUUUUUAGGUUUGAGUGAUCAAGAACAUAAUAGUAAUAAAGAUAAGAUUCGAUUUGAGAAGCAAAAAAGUUUGAAUAAGACUUUUAAAACCAACUAUUCUUUAGAUGACGAAAUGCUAGGCAAAAUCAAUAGACCAAGAUCAAUGUCCUCAUACCCAUCAGCACCCGAUUUUAAGCCAAACGAUGGAACUAAAAACCAAAUUGAAGAUGAUUUAGAUCGUGAAUUUAAAGAUCAAAUUUCAAGUAGAAUGAAAUUAACUAAAACUUGGAAAGAUAAAGGUUUUAAAGGUAAUGCUCGUGGGUUAUCAAUCGCUUCGAAUUUCGUAACGUUGAAAGAAUUAUUCAAAAAAUUACCUAAGAAUGUUGGGUUUAACAUCGAAUUAAAAUAUCCAAUGUUAGACGAAGCUGAAAUGGAGAGUAUGGGAGAGAUUGCUAUUGAUCUUAAUUUCUACGUCGAUACCAUUUUGAAAGUUGUUUAUGAUGAAAACAUUACUGGUCGUGAUAUCAUUUUUUCGAGUUUCCAUCCAGAUAUUUGUUUAUUACUUUCUUUGAAACAGCCAACCAUUCCAAUUUUAUUCUUAUCUGAAGCUGGUUCUGAAAAAAUGGCCGAUAUUAGAGCAUCCUCUUUACAAAACGCAAUCAGGUUUGCUAAGAAAUGGAACUUGUUGGGUAUUGUCAGUGCUGCAAAAACUUUAGUUAUUUGUCCAAGACUAGCUCAAGUUGUUAAAUCGUCUGGUUUAGUUUGUGUCACCUACGGGGUUGAAAAUAACUCUCCUGAACUAGCCAAAAUUCAAAUGAAAGCUGGUGUUGAUGCUGUCAUUGCUGAUUCUGUUUUGGCCGUUAGAGAAGGUUUAAGAAAAGACCAACCUUCUGCCAAAGAAAUUGAAAAUUUUAAUAUUUAAGCUGAAUUCUUCGCUUUUCAUCCUUACUUCCCGAAAGUCUUCUUGUUGCUCCUAUUUCUCUUUAUAUGCCCCAUUCAAAUACAAUAGCUAGUCUUUCAAUUCUAUCGGUAUU